CAGCCAAACAAAUGACACUCAAUUGAAAAAACUACGGCGGAAAAACUUGAAUUUUGUUGGAGCGGAUGGAUACGGGUGAAAAAUGUCGGUGAAUAUUACAGUCAAUGGCAAUUUUGUUUCCAAGCACUGCCAAAGGAAUCCUUUGCUACUGGAUCGUGAGAAGGCCAAAAAGGAGUUGGAAGAGGAGAGAAGAAAGAAGCGUUUGUUACAGGUCCGUGAGCAGUCCAAGCAAAUUGCUGAAAAAAUUCGAAACGAUGUUAAGGAAACAAAACGCAAAGAAAUACAAAAAUAUGAAGCAACAAAAGCCCAAGAGUUUGAGACAUGGCGUAAGCAGGCUUUGCAACGGAAUAAAAAUGAAUUUAGUGAAGCGAUAUUUCAGCUAGGUGCAGCCCAUAAAGUUGCCAAGGCUGAAAAUCAAGCUAAAGCCGAAAAACGAACAGCAGCAAAACCUCAAAGUAGCUACAAGGACUUUAAAAAGCAAAUGGAAGCCCGCCGACGUAACAACGAGAAGCUACAAAAGGAAAAACCAAGUGUUAGCAACAAAGGACAAAGUUGUUCAGAUUGCCAGUACAAAUGUAAGUGCUACACAAUGGGUCAAGAGGAGGCACAAAAAAGAAAAAGAACUGCUUGCAUGUCUUCAAGUGAUUCGGAAACCCUUAGCAGUGAUGGGGAAACAAGUAAUGAAGAAACGUUAAAGGAUACCCCAUCACUUUCAAGUUUUUCUCCCUGUAAAAGUCCCACAACCACAACAACUGUAAGCAACAACAUUGCCACACAAACUUCCCUAUUACAACCCGAAAAGAAUCUAAAACAAACUCCUGCAGUUUUUAUGGAUGUUGAGGUUGGUACUGAUGAUUCUGUGCUUAUAGCUGGACCUGUAGAAAUAAAGGAUAAACAUGUUGUAAACAACCGGCAAUUUAGCAGCAUCAUAAGAGUUAGUCCCAAAAAAUCGAAACAGAAAAAGGAUGCACACACAAACAAACAAGUUCAGGUUACAUCAAUAUCUACAACCACUACUUCAUCGACAGAGAAUAAGGAAAAUUCCAACAAAAGUCUUGAAAAUGUUUGCUUUGUUCCAGCAGCAAAACCAAAAGAAAAACGUUUUACACUUAUAUCAAAUUUGGUAAAGAAACAAGAGGAACUGCCCAAAACUUCCAAAGAAAUGUCACCGAAUAAAAGAAGAACCAAUGAAGUCGCAGAACAUAGUUCACCGCGUAAAUUUGUGGCAAUGCCAGCACCACUGACCAGACCUCCAGUUGCACGUCCCAUUGCCAAACCAAUGUCACCGCCCAAGGAAAGUAUGUCAUCCAAAUCCUCAAAGGUUACCACUAGAGGUCAUACACACACACAACCACCAACAAAAUCAAUUUCUACAGCAUCGGCCAACACCGUUGCCAUGGGUAGCCUGGCCAGUAGCAGUGGUCGAGUACAAUUUUACGAUUACAACAGUAAAUUGUCCAAGGAAGGAACCCAAAGUUCAGCCAACGUUGAGGUGUUACAGCAACGAGAUUCGGUUCAACCCACGGCAAUGGAGCAAGCUGUUGUCGAGAAUCGUUUGCAGUACGAUAGACAACAGGAUUUGUGCGAGAAGCAAAAACUAAUGAUGGAACGUGGUCAGAAGGCUUUGGAGCGGGAACAAGUACGACGGGACUGCAAUGAUUUAACCGAAAAACUGGAGGCCCUAACCAAACAAUAUCCACGACAAGUGCCAAUUAAUGAAAACAAUCCUCACAUAUUUGCCGAUAAACAACUACGGCUGGAGGGUAAAAUGAAUUCAGCCGUUGAAAAACUUUUGAGCCGACCAACUAUCAUAACUUGUUCCGAAAUUGAUGAGCACGAUAAAAAAUCACCUCAACCCGCUCCAAGUAAACCUAAGGCAAAUAAUGAACUGAAUGUGGGCGCUCUUAACUCGAGCAAUGAUCAUCAGGCCGAUGAUGAUGCUACUAGUGAUAGUUGUUGUUCAAUUCUUUUGGGUUAUGUGGACGAUCAAAGUCGUCAGGUGCGAAAAGACCUGGAACAGUGGUCGGAUAAAGAAGACAGCCAAAAACAAAAACGUCUUAAGAAUUUACUACAACGUCUUGAUAAAUUGAGGCAUUCAAUUAUCCAAGAAAUACAAAGUAAUAAGGCUAAUAAAACGGAAAAAGCGAAAUCGAAUACAAAACGUGAUGACAACUAUCGCCAGUUGAUAGAAGAUAUUUCAACAUUUCGUCAAGAAAGGGAGAAUAUUAUGCUGGAUGGUGUCGACGACUCUUCACGGCCUGAGAAGGGAAAGAAAACUCAAAAAGUAAGUGAAGAGAAGCAGGCAAAGAAUAUCCCCGAUAAAAAACCCCUUGCGGAAAGAGAAAAACUGUUGGAACAAAAAGAAGCCAUAUUGGAGGAAAAGUUACGUGAGUUCUAUGAACUUCAAAAGCAAAAUUGUAAAACUACGAAGCCCAAAACUGAGAGUAACGAAAAAGAAAACAAGACCCAAAAAUCCUCUAAAAAUAAUGAGAAAAGUGAGGAUGAUCCAAGCCAGGAGAACAAGGAAAACAUUAAUUGCAGCUCCUUGGAAACUCCUGUGGAAAUUAUCAUAACGGUUCAGGGCGAAACAAAAUGUGUUAAAAUCCCAGUUAAAAAUAACAAAAGAAAAUCUGCUCACAAGAAGCCCUCACCCACACAUUUAGCCACUCUGAUAAAAAGCCCACAUGCCAAGAUGAGUGCCAAGAAGUUAACACCAAAAAAGAUUGUGCCUGCAAAAGAACCUCCCCCACCGCCAAAGGCUCCAUCUUUGGUAAGGCACAACUCAUAUGAUUCCAAUUCUACAUCUUAUAUGAGUCUGCCACCACAUAUACCCACACAGUUGGGGGCUCUGGUAGACAGGACAACCGAAAAUCACAUGCCGUACAAAUCUUCUACAGAAACUGAUAGAUAUGGAAGACAGGACAAGCACAAGAAACCUGUACCUAACAUAAAUCCUUUGGUUGCUCAAUAUGUUCAACGACUACUGGGUAUGUCACGCAAGACAAUACAACGUUUGGCCGUGAGCUCCUCAGACAUAGAUACACCUAGUUCAUCGAUCAUUAACACCUCGGGCAACAAUAGCUCCACUGAGUCACUGCUCUCCGAGGAACGCAUGGCCUUUGUGGAGAGUUUUGUGCAUGAGAAUCGCAGUUUUAUUAAAGAAUUGGAGCAAUCUUUGAGAGCCCAACAUAAUGCCACACUGGAGGAUAGUAUGAAAGCAUUUGAUGAAAUUUGGCGUAAGCGGUUAAAACAAAAACAGCAACAAACCUCAAAAACAAAUAGCUCUCAAGGGCCAAGAAAAAGUCGUGAAGAAGUGGCUAAAACCAAGGCAACAGCAUCUCCUAAGGCGUGUAAGAACCUAAAAACUCAAACAAAGGAAUUGCAAAGUAAGGAGGUGAGCAGUCAAACACAAAUUAAAGACAAGCCCAAGGUAAUGCCAAAACUUCCCAAAAACUAUCCACUUAACUUGGAACAAUCCACUACCCAGGAUACCGAGAGCAGUCCAGAAAUGUUGGAAAAACUAAAAGCCAAAUCGAAACAAAGACUCUCGGCCAAGGUUGAUAAGGCAGUGGAAACAAAGCUUUCCGAUGACAUAAAUAAAUCCGAGUCGGAUUCACAAAUAGCCCGCUAUGCCCAAUUAACAGAGAACUGUACCCAUCGCAUUGCCGAGUUGACGGAACUUAUAAAUCGUGUGCGCGAAGAGAAGCAACGUCUCUUGGAAGUUACCCUCAGCUCGGUUAGUGACAAUGGCAGGCAGUCGACAGAAUAUUUAGAGUUGCCCGAGGGCAAAAGUAGGACUAGCAACCACAAUGAAGGUGAGUCCAGCGUGGCCAGCAGCACAGAGGAGGUCACUGCAGCCACUCUAAAAUCGGCAACCUCAUUGGAUGCCAAAAAUCAACCGAUACAAUUAUCGAAAAUGGAUAAAAAUCAUCCGAUUGCGGCCAGUCAGGAUAGUGGCAUUGCAGACAGCCGGCCCAUAACAGCUCAAGAACAUCGCCACGAUCUCGAGCCUAUAUCACAAACCUCAACGGAAUCACACAGUGCCGUGCAGCAGCGUAAAACCAAACCACCACCUACGCUAAGAAGGUUUAGUCCACAAUUUCGGGAAGAAGAUUUGGUUCAUGAAUUAUCGACAAUUUUGGAGGUGGACACUCCAGUGAAUUCACGCAUAAACACAGCGGCAAGUCAAAAAUCUGAGGAGCAAAUCACAGUGGCUAGAGAAAUGGAGCCAGCUUCAGCUGCUCAGCAGAGUCACCAGCCGGUUGCGUUUCCCACAUUCGAAGAAUAUGUACAGCGUAUGAAUUUGGAUAUAACACAACUAAAUGAUGAACAAAGUUCCCUCCUGCAAUCCGAAUUUUCGCAUUUUAUAGAAGACAUGCAGAGGAGUCGUUUGAAUGGGAAAGAACUGCCAUCUCCACCACAAUAUACCGAAUUCCCCUCCAUUAAUGGUUAUUUAAAUCAAAGCAAGUCCGAUGUGGCGGACCAAACAGAGGCGGUGGAAGAUUCAUUGGCCCAACUGCGAAUCAAUGAUUUAAAGCCCCAACGCUUUCCCGCUGUUCGAGAAUAUGUUAAACAAAAACAUAAGGAAAAAGCUGAAAGUGGUGGCCCCACAACAUCUCCCGAUGAUGAACAGCAAUUAUUAUUGGACACUGAGAGUUUGGAAAAUAUCACAGAUAUCGUAACAAAUACCAAUACGGAAAGUGAAUCAGCAUCAUUGGAUAUUGAAAAGGAGUUAAAACAACGUAAAAUCCUUAAACAUUCUUUUCGUUACACAAAACCCAAAGAUGUGUUUUCAUCCACUGCCCAUCAUGAUGUUGGAGAAUUCUAUCAGGAUUUAAUGGGCUGUGAAAGUGGCAUUGAAAAACUAUCGACCUCGGAAGCAACAACAACCACACAACUGGAAACCGAUCUGAAGAGAAUGGUUAAUCAGUGGUCCAAAGAGAACAAUGAAAAGCCACAAUAUCAGUCGUUAAGCAGUACCACAUCGAGCUCAGCAAUUGAAAAAUUGGCAAAGUCUACUUCCUUAGAUGAAACGUCUAAUGAAAAUGGACGCCCAUUAAAUUUACGCGACUUCUUGAAACGUGAGCUGCUAAAACAUCCGAAUUUCUCGACAUCAAGUUCAACAUCGAGUAGCAUUGAUGAUUCGUUGCGUAGUCAAUUUCUACACUCGCUCAUUGGCUCGUUAACCCCGCGAACGAAUGCAGCUACCAGUAAGUCCGGCCAACACACCCUGGAUCGCCAAAAGACCUCAACUCCCGUUCCCGGCCAUUCGUCGCAAACUCGCUCCACACCUGGCAGUGGUGAAAAUCCUCUGAAUACCACAAGCUCUCAAUUGUUUUCCGGCGAAAGUCACAUAUCAUCGGUUCAUGGUGAUCGUUCGAGAAAUGCUGCAGAAUCGGGCAAUCAAAAUUCCGAAUAGCUAAGGCAUAUUGUGCGCAUUUAUAUUUAUUUGAAAGUGAUUAACAAGACUUUUGUUGUGAAAUGAAGGACUUACCCAUGCCGUUAUCGCUGUACAUUCCACGCCAAGACAUUACCUUUUAAAUGUGUGUGUAUUAAAUAAUUAUUUUUUAAAAGCCUAUAUUUAUUUCUAUAAGUUUAGCUAUUAACUAUAUUUUUAAUUAUUCAACAACUACCAAGAAGCUUUAAUAUGGCAAAGAUGUACGUCCAAAUUCCGACUUUUUGCAUUUUCAUUUAAAUUUUUAAUAACGAAUUUUCUAGAAAAAAAAUUAUAUUUACAUACCACAAAUACGAUAUCGGAAAGUAGUGCAAAUGAAUGUUAUUUGUUGUAAUUUUAAAUAUUUAUUUGUGUAAAGCUUUUGUAAGAAAGUUUUGUAGACAAAAGUGUUUUAUAUAUUUUAUUUUCACAUUUUAUAUACAUAUACAAAAAAAAAAACAAAUGCUAUAUUUUAUUUGUUGUUUGACUCUAAUUUUAACUACAGACAGUGGUCGCACGAUUUCAUGUUGUUUAUUAAAUGAGAUAAUGUUAUUCUUUCUUUCUUUUUGGUAUCAAAAUGCGAUCAUUUCAACUUAAAAUUACAAAAAAACAUCAAA